AUCAUAGGCUCAGCUCGUUAUCUUUAGGCCAACUAAAGCUACCUCUCCUUUCCUCUACUAGCCUCAAAAAGACAAACAAAGUCCAAUCUUUGAAUUCUCUCAACAAUAAGAAAAAUGAGUCUCUUCAGCGUCCUUGAGAAAGUUGUUGACAACACUGGCGCAAUAGUCACCAAGACGCUGGACGGUGGCCUCCUGGGAUCCAUCACACAUGAUACUGCCGACGUCCUCGGAAAGACUGUGGGCGGCGCUGAAUCAGUCUUGGGAAAGGCUGUCACUGCUAUCCCCCAGACUGUCGGCGCAAUCAACCCAAUGGCGGCAACCCAAGCUAGGGCUGCAGCACCAAAUCAAGCUGCUAUUGCAUAUCCGAUGGCUAAUGGCUAUCCUGCCGGUCCUGGCGGCUAUCCUCCUCAAAUGAUGCCUAUGGGCUAUGCGCCUCAAAUGAUGCCCGGCGGCGGUUAUCCGCCCCAAAUGAUGCCCAACCCUCAAUAUUCUAUGCAAGGCCACGGCCAGUACCAAGGCUUUCCUCCUCAGCAGCACAUGAACAUGGGAGGCCAAUCUCCAAUGCCGAGUCCAGGACCAUACGGUGGUCAAGGUUGGUCUUCGCCAAAUUCAGGAGGAAUGCAAGGUGGUUAUCCCCAUCCCGGCAUGCAAGGAGGAAAUGGGGGUAUGCGGCCAGGAUAUUAAGUCAUGCUAUGGAGUAUGGUUGGUUGAUAAAAGACGGAUGUACAUGAGUUUAUGAUUUACGCAACUUGACCUGCAUUAAAGGAUAGAAUAUAUACGAAAUUGAAGUAUAAUCGAG